CCACUUUUCUUUGUCAUUUCCAACUAACUUUAUUGUCCCUGUCAUUGGUUACUUGUUCUUCCAGAUAAAACCUCCCAAUCUCAAACAGUUCUCCUUCAUCUCUCUCGGAGACGAUGCUCGGUGCCCAGUUUUGCUCCCGUACUUUCUCCACUUUCUGGGUUUUCUCAGAUUCACAAAAUGCUUAUCACCCAACACCCUCCUUCUCUUUUCCUCCGCUUCGCUCCUCUUCAAUCCGUUUACAUUUCACGGCGAAUCGCAGCCCUUUGCCGAAACGGGUCCUCAUUUCUUGCCACUCGAUCCAUGGUAGCUUCGGGUCCCAAUUUAGAAACGAGGACGACCCAGAUCAUCAGUUUCUUGAAGCUUCUAUUCUCGUUUCAGAAACUGUUUCGCACUACCGGAUGUUAAGGGAAGGAUUUAAAGAAGAAAUAAAAUGGCAGUCGUCUAGGAGACGGCAUCCCAUGUCAAGGCCUAAAAUUGCUUCAAUUGGGCAAUCCUUUCUUAGUCGAUUUCCCAGUCCAACUAUUUUUCUUAAGAUUUCUUGUGAUGGAGAUUUCUUGCUACCCAUUAGUGUAGGUGAAUUCUCUGUUGAAAAACUAAUAGCUUCCUUUUUGGGAGAUGAGAAUGGGGAUUGUCCAGAUCAGUUCAAUCUUGUUAAACAUGUUGUGGAGAGGCUUGAAUAUAAAGUUAAGAUGGUGAGAAUUACAGAAAGAGUUGUCAAUACUUAUUUUGCGAAGUUAUAUUUUACCAAGCCAGGGGAAAAUGAUGCGAUAAGUGUGGAUGCACGACCCUCAGAUGCCAUCAAUGUGGCUAAUAGAUGCAAGGUUGUGUAUUCACUUCAACCGAUUGCUUCUCUAAAGCUUCUAAUUGGUGGUCUCUGUAUGCAGGCUCCUAUCUAUGUAAGUAAACGGAUUCUUUUGGAGGAUGCUAUUAGAAUUGGCUAUGGGAUGGGCAGAGUGUGUGAUAGAAAGUCUACUUACGAUGUAUUGCUCGACAGUGCUGCAGGUGGCCCGGAUUUGCUAACGGAGGAGUUGAAUCUGGUGAGGAAUAUAGAUUUAGCUGUCGAAGAAGAAAGGUACAAUGAUGCAGCAUUGUUAAGAGACAAACUAAUGAAGCUACGUCACUCAAGUGAUGAUCAGUGACAUGUUUGUAAGCGAUAAUUCG